AUGAGUCUCUGUGGCCGUCAAAAGGUCGUUCGACGCAAGAUGGUGCUAUUGUCAAUAAGAGGGGACGGCGCUUGCGGCAAGACCUCCGCUCUGAAUGUCUUCACCAGAGGGUGGGCACCCCUUGUAUUUUCCCUUGUGGCCAAGACCGCUAACUUUCUGGUAGAUACUUUCCUACGGUCUAAUAUCUUCGUGGACAAUGUACACAUGGAAUUGUCGCUAUGGGAUACGGCCGGCCAGGAAGAAUUUGACCGACUGCGCGCGCUAUCUUAUGAGGACACACACGUGAUUAUGCUUUGUUUCAGCGUUGACAGUCGCGAUUCGUUCGAGAACGUGGCGAGCAAAUGGAUAGAAGAGAUCUCGGAGAACUGCGCCGGCGUCAAAUUGGUGCUCACUGCCCUCAAGUGUGAUUUGAGGAAGGACGAGUUCCUCAACGACAACCCGAACGCGAUCACCUACGAAGAAGGACUGGCGAAAGCCAAGGAAAUUGGUGCCGUGAAAUACCUGGAGUGCUCCGCCGUGCAAAAUCGUGGUAUCAUGGAAACAUUCUACGAAGCUGCAAAGGUCGCCCUGGAAGUCAAAACUCAGGGCUCGAAUGGAUCCGGCGAACGGUGUGUCAUUCUGUAG